AUGGAUGCCGUUAACAAACAACAAGGUGGUGUCUUCUUCCUGCAUGGUUAUGGCGGAACCGGUAAGACAUAUAUGUGGAGAACACUUGCAAGUGCAUUGAGAUCUAAGCAUGAGAUUUGUCUUACUGUUGCAACAAGUGGGAUAGCAUCUCUUUUGUUGCCAGGGGGUCGUACAGCUCAUUCAAAGUUCAAGUUGCCAGUUCCAUGUCUUGAAAACUCAACUUGCAAGAUUAAUUUCAAUGACCCUAGCGUUGGUCUUCUAAGGGAGGAAAAGCUAAUUAUAUGGGACGAGGCACCAAUGGCACACAAAUAUUGUUUUGAAACGCUGGACAGGACUUUGAAGGAUGUCAUGAGUAAUUACAGUAACUCCGAAACUAUUUUCGGAGGGAAGGUUGUGAUUUUUGGUGGGGAUUUUCGUCAGAUAUUACCCGUUGUACUCGGAGGAAGCCGUUUGGACAUUGUCCAUUCAACAAUUAACGCUUCUUACAUUUGGCAUUAUGUUAAAGUCUUGAAUUUGACAAAAAAUAUGCGUCUAUCCUCCGGACCAACUGAAGAAGAUAAAAAGGAAAUUGCGGAUUUUUUAGAUUGGCUUUUAAAGAUAGGAGAGGGAAGAAUUUCAGAACCUAACGACGGUUAUGCUAACAUUGACAUACCGCCAGAGCUGUUAAUUACAGACUUUGAUGACCCUAUUCUAGCCAUCGUGGAGAGUACAUAUCCUGAUUUCUUAAAUUGUUACCAAUCGUGUGAUUAUCUAAAAAAUAGGGCCAUUCUUGCUUCAACUUUGGACAUUGUUGACAAUAUCAAUGACCAUAUCCUUGCGAUGAUGCCAGUGGAAAUAAGAGAUUACUACAGCUCUAACUCAGUUGAUCGAUCAGAAAUCCAUGACAACAACAUUCUUCAGGUGCUUAGCCCAGAAUUCCUCAGCUCUUUAAGAACUUCUGGCCUACCCAACCAUCACUUAAAGUUAAAGGUUGGAACACCAAUCAUGCUUAUGCGAAACAUUGAUCAAUCCCAAGGUCUAUGUAAUGGGACAAGGCUUAUAGUAACUAAUAUGGCUGCUCAUGUGCUUGAGGCCAAAUUGAUGGGUGAUAACAAUAAUGGGAAGAGAUUGGAAGAGGACUUUGCUGGACUUUUAAAAGAUUAA